AUGACAGUCCAUGGCUAUCUGCUGCUUCUCUUCUUGCUAAUCGGGUUUUGUUCGCUUGAAAAGGUUCCGGUUCACACCUUUGUGAAAAGACCACAUCCUGGGACUGUAAACAACAUCAGUAAGAAUGACACUGGAGUCCAGAAGGCUGUGCUGACUGGCACCUACUCAUUCAACAACAAAUCCAAUGAUAUCUUUCUGUUCAAGGCAUCAGCAAUUGACUCUGCAAAGAGACAGGUAGUGAAAGGGAUCCGAUACAUUCUUGACGUGGAAAUCACUCGGACGGUGUGCAGGAAGAUGGAGAAGGACGUUGACCUUGCGAACUGUCGUUUCCAGUCUGACAGAUUAUUGCGUCAGACGUUCCUCUGCCACUUUGAAGUUUGGUCCAUUCCCUGGCUUCGACAAAUGAAGACCACAUAUUUUAUCUGCCAUCCUUCAGACCAAUUCAAAUCUCGUCUUCUUUCCCUGUGCGAUGUAGUGCUGGAUAAGGAGAGGUUUUUCCUGCAGGUCAAGGAGAACACUUAA